GGAGGGCGGAGGUGGACGCCGCGUGGGACGUCCUCGUGGAGAACGUGCUCGGGGUCCAGAACGGGGUCACGGCCGAGCAGGCGAUGGAUACGCUCGUGUUUGCCGUGGAAGAGGAGGGGGCGUUGGACGUGGCGCCUUUCGACGACGAGGAUGAUGGGGUGGUGGAGGAUAGGGAUGGCGUGGAAGAUGUUCCGGGUGCGUGUGGUGUUGUUGCGUCGCUGAGGUGACGGAAAAGCUGACAGUGUUCUUUUCUGUUUGUUCUUGGUGCAGCACCUCUGCCCGUAACGACCACCGAAUCUGGACCCCUGGAGCAGCGCAAAGCGCCGAAUCUCGAACCGCUGGGCGAUAUCAAGUUCUUCGACCUGGGAGCGAGGGAUCGCCCGGCGCUCGACCUAGAAGUCGACUUCCAGGGCCUCCGCCUCGGCGCCAUCGCGCCCUCGAACCGUCCGAUCGUCGUCGGUAUCGCCAUCGUCGAUCUAGAGCUCGAAGAGGAGGAGGGCACGGCCGCCAGUUCGUCGCGGGGGAAGGCGAGGGCGGCGCGGUGCGUCCUGUGCCUCGACGACCUCGACGACCUCCAGCAAACGCCGGCGCCGGCGGCGAUGCCGUGCGGCCACCGGUUCCACCCCUCGUGCCUGCGCGAGCUCGUCAGGAAAGCGACGGAGGACGAGUCGCUGUUCCCGCCGCGCUGCUGCGACCGUCGCCCCGGGGCCGCCGCGAUCCCGUACGACGCGUUCGGGGCGCUGCUCGCGCCGGACGAGGUGCGGGCGUACGAGGACAGGAAGCGCGAGUUUGGGACGCCGGCGGGGGAGAGGGUGUACUGCUCCGCGCCGGCGUGCGGAGCGUUCGUCGGGCGGAAGAGCGCCGGCGAGCCGCCGCGCGCCGUGCCGUGCGUGAGGGAAGGGUGCGGGGCGAGGACGUGCGAUGCGUGCGGAGGCGCGCCGCACGCGUGGCACGUCGCGUGUUCGGGCGGGCGGGACGAGGGCGAGCGGGCGUUGUUGGCGCUGGGGAGGGAGAGGGAGUGGCAGCGGUGCCCGCACUGUCGGAGGAUCGUGGAGAAGAGCGGGGGGUGCGUGCAUAUGAUGUGUUGGUGCGGGGGCGAGUUUUGUUAUAGGUGUGGAGGGGGGUAUCACGAUGGGCCGUGCGAGGAGCCGGUGGACGUGAGCGUGACGAGGGCGGCGUUGGAGGCGGAGUGA